AUGGCACCGUUAUCUAUCGCUCUGGCAUGCUUCGCAAACAUGUUCAGCGUCGGUACAAUCUACGCGCUGAGUGCACUUCAAGGACAGCUUCCUCGCCUUCUCGGAAUAUCUGACGCAUGGAGCUUCGUGCCCUUUGGCAUGGCAUGCAUGGGCCUGUCCGUGGGAGUCGCGACUUGUGCGUCGAUGAUCGCUCAACACGGAGCUCAUGCUACCGCAGCAAGUGGCACCGCUCUCUGGGGACUUGCCGUGAUCGGUGUAGGUUUUUUUCUCAGCAGAGUGAAUUUUGAACCUAUGCUCUUGUGUCUCCUCUUCGGCGGCUUGGGCGUGGGAUGGACAUAUCUUGCUGUUGUCGUUAUGGUUGGCCAGGGAUUCCCCGAUCUCGCACUUGCUCGGAGUGCUAUCGGACCCAUGGGCUUUUCGUCCGGCGCGGCAACAUGUUUUUUUCUAUCAUCUGUCUUCGAGCUCAGCACAGUCGAUGCAGAAAGCCUUGGUCGGGCCCUCACGCUCGCAGGAGCUGCAUUUGUUGCUGUUGGGGGAGCUACCCAGCUGAUGAUGAUACCGGGUUAUACCAACAAUGACCAGUCCAACUCUCCCAAAAAAACGCCAUUGAGUCGCCCCGAACGGCUCUUCUCAAUCCUACUAUUUUUCAACGCCUUGCCCGGAAUGACGGCCUUCGCUGCCUUGCUGCCUCUUGUCUCCUACUAUGCAAGCGAAAGAAAGGGUGACCCAAUGACGCUUCUGUCGCAUAGUAUGCUUGCUCUCGCAUCUGGUGGUGUGUUGGCGCCCACUAUCAACCUGCAUCUCGGAGCGAGGAACGCAUUCGUUGUUUUAUUUUGCUUACGAGGGGCUCUUCUUGUCCUACUAUCGCAAUUUGAACGGUCUACGCUGGGUCUUUGUGCAUUUUUGACAAUCCUUUUUGCCCAUGGUACUGGAUUUAGCAUCCUCCCAGGGCUUGUCAAGGCCAAAGGUACCCCUCCUGAGUUGUUUCCUCGCAGCUAUGGUAGAGUUCUUGUGACCUGGGGCGUUGCGGGAAUCCUCGGCUGCGUCCUGAAUACUGCCAUCUCAUCGUCAAUUGGUACAAUGUCGGUAGCGAGCCUCGUGCUUGGCCUGUUGACGUUGUCAUUUGGUAUUAUCCUUCACUUCGUGCCCACCCUGGGGGCGGGGAUUCUUGCCUAG